UGUCAGUCAGGGUGAGCAGCUGCUGUAGGAACGCGGGCCCACGGUGAGCAAACGACAGAGACACAUCGAGGGAGAGAGAGAGAACCCAGGGAGAGAGAGAACGACAGAGAGCCAUGGGUCUGCAGAGGACGGGUGUUCUGGUGCUCCUCGCUUCAGCGGUCACCUCUGCAGAGGCCUCAGGGAUAGGUGACCCCAAAUAUUGCUACGCCCUGGACGCUGUGCUACUACUCUACUGUGUCAUCAUCACUGCACUCUACUUCAGAGAGAAGUUGUCCAAGCCCAAAGCCUCCCCUGAGUUGGAUGCCACCUAUAUGGGCCUGAAUAAGUCUGGAGAUGCCUAUGAACCACUGAGGCACCGGAAUGAUGCUGAGAGAGGAGAUAGCGCGGCAUACCGCAGACAGGCUGACGAUGUCUACACGCCUCUGCAGAAACCAAACAAGGACACCUACAACCAGAUUGCAGUGAAGAGAGAGCGACGCGGCAAGAAUGAACAGAUGUAUGAGGGACUGAGAAGUGGAACUAAGGACACCUACGACUCCCUGCAGAUGCAGCCACUUCCCCCCCGCUAAACUGCCCUACCGCUCAUCCUGACGACUCUCCCUCCUUCCCCUGACAGUGACUGCUCCUUGCUUUCACUGCCCCCUGCUGUACUGGCCUGGUACUGCAUGACACUGAGCAGAGGGGUUUCUAAUAAUGCAUAAUAAAAAUAAACGAUAAAUAUGUGAGGGAAGAUGCGGCAACAUUUACCCCCUCAGGAGAAAAAAGAACACAUUUUAAAAAAUUAAUGAUCACAUUUG